AUGAGAAAGGCGUGUCUAAAUCCAGACAGAGUUGUGGAACACGAGUUGCAGGAAGCUGGGUUUAGUCCAGAAUCUGAGAAGGCGACGAAUAAGCAUCAUGAAGAGGAAGAGGAAGAGGAAGAGGAAGAGGAGGAAUCUGUGGAGAAGAUCUUUGAAAGCAGAGAAGUACCUUCUUGGACAAAGCAGCUGACUUUGAGGGCUUUUGUGGUGAGCUUUGUGCUAAGCAUCUUGUUUAGCUUCAUUGUUAUGAAGCUUAACCUCACGACGGGAAUCAUACCGUCGCUCAAUGUCUCAGCUGGUCUUCUGGGUUUCUUCUUUGUCAAGACGUGGACCAAGAUGCUUCAUAGGUCUGGAUACUUGAAACAGCCGUUUACUCGCCAGGAGAACACUGUUAUUCAGACCUGCGUUGUUGCUUCUUCCGGCAUUGCCUUCAGCGGAGGGUUUGGGACAUACCUAUUUGGCAUGAGUGAACGAAUUGCAAAGCAAUCAGGAGACGUUGCUCGUGGCGUCAAGAACCCUUCAUUGGGUUGGAUUAUUGGUUUCCUCUUUGUUGUCAGCUUUCUUGGCCUCUUCUCAGUUGUUCCCCUUAGGAAGAUAAUGGUAAUAGACUUCAAACUAACAUAUCCAAGUGGUACUGCUACUGCUCAUCUUAUCAACAGCUUCCAUACACCUCAAGGAGCCAAGCUAGCCAAGAAACAAGUGAGGGUAUUGGGGAAGUUCUUCUCCUUCAGCUUCUUGUGGAGUUUCUUCCAAUGGUUCUUUACCGGAGGAGAAAAUUGUGGGUUCUCCAACUUCCCUACCUUUGGACUCAAAGCUUAUCAAUACAAGUUCUACUUUGAUUUUUCAGCAACAUAUGUGGGUGUUGGCAUGAUAUGCCCAUACAUAAUCAACAUCUCUGUUCUCUUGGGAGGGAUCCUCUCUUGGGGUAUAAUGUGGCCUCUCAUUGAAACCAAAAAGGGAGAUUGGUUUCCUGCAGAUGUCGAACCUAGCAGCAUGCAUGGUCUCCAGGCUUACAAGGUGUUCAUAGCUGUUGCUAUAAUCCUAGGAGACGGCUUAUACAACUUCUGCAAGGUGCUGAGCCGGACACUAUCAGGACUAUUUGUACAGCUCCGAGGUACUACUACUCCAUCUUUCUCAAGAAGAUCUUUCACAGUCCAAGAAGAAGAAGACCCUCAUGCUUCCCCACAAACCCCAAAAGAAUCAUACGACGACCAACGCCGCACGAGAUUCUUCCUCAAAGACCAAAUCCCCACUUGGUUCGCCGUCGGAGGAUACAUCACCAUCUCCGCAGCAUCAACCGCCAUACUCCCGUACAUGUUCCACCAGCUCAGAUGGUACUACAUCCUCGUCAUCUACAUCUGCGCGCCGGUCCUAGCCUUCUGCAACGCCUACGGAGCCGGACUCACAGACUGGUCCUUGGCCUCAACAUACGGCAAACUCGCCAUAUUCACGAUAGGAGCGUGGGCGGGCUCCGAGCACGGCGGCAUGCUGGCUGGACUAGCUGCGUGCGGCGUCAUGAUGAACAUAGUCUCCACAGCUUCGGACCUCACGCAGGACUUCAAAACAGGAUACCUCACUCUCUCAUCACCCAAGUCAAUGUUUGUAUCCCAAGUGAUUGGCACGGCGAUGGGCUGCGUCGUCUCACCUUGCGUGUUCUGGCUGUUCUACAAGGCCUUCGAGGACUUAGGCAUCCCGAACAGCGAGUACCCCGCCCCGUUCGCUACAGUUUACCGAAGCAUGGCCAAGCUAGGAGUCGAAGGUGUUGCUUCUUUACCAAGAGAGUGUUUAGUUCUUUGCUACGCGUUUUUCAGCGUGGCGAUUCUUGUGAACAUAGUGAAGGAUAGUUUGCCGAGCAGGUGGGGGAGGUUCGUGCCGCUGCCGAUGGCGAUGGCGAUACCAUUUUUCUUGGGGCCGUACUUUGCGAUUGACAUGUGCGUGGGGAGUUUGGUGCUUUUCGUUUGGGAGAGGGUGGAUGCGGCCAAGGCUGAGGCGUUUGGGACUGCGGUGGCGUCUGGAUUGAUAUGUGGAGAUGGGAUUUGGUCGUUUCCGAGCUCGGUGUUGGCUAUAGCUGGUGUGAAUCCUCCUGUUUGUAUGAAGUUUCUCUCUGCUGCGACUAAUUCGAGAGUCGAUAGCUUUCUGAAAAGAUCGUGAAGCUCAUAAGGCAUUGGUAAAGUGUAUUGUUGUAUAGAUCAUAGAUGUGGAGGAGUUUGUUUGGAUUUGUAAUUGCACAAUACAUGCUUUAUAAACAGCUGUUUUUAAAUCACAAAAAGACACAAACUUGCAAA